AUGUGGUGCCAUUUGUUUAUCCAAAUUUUCACGGGAGCUGCUCGCACUUGGUUUGACAGCCUCCCACCAGGAAAGAUCAAGUUAUGGGUUGAUUUUAGAACACAGUUUGUGAACCACUUCAGUCAACAGAGACGUUACCAGCGCGACACAGCUGAGGUAACGGACAUUUGGCGCAGAGAGAACGAAGGUUUAGAAGAUUUCAUCACUCGCUUUAACAAAGAAUGUUUAGAAAUUGGCGGUGUAAGCGAGCAACUCAUGCGCGCUCACUUCAAGAAAGCCAUUCGCUGUGAUAGCCUUAUCUGGACUAUCACACGAAAAGAUGGAAUGCCCAAAGAGUGGGAUAAGCUCAUGGAAGCCGCAAAGAUAGUCGCGCAGACUGAAGAGUCACUGGCUGGCAACAAAAACUCUUAUACUGAGGAUCGAUUUUCUAAGGGAGGCUCGCGCGAUAACAGCAGACGAAACAAAGGCAGAAACCCUGGGUGGAAAGCCAAUCACUCCAGCGGUUAUGACGAGCGACCUCGUUAUGAAGAACGAUCUCGCUACAAGGAAGACACGCAAGACACUAUCGAUCGCAUUGGGUACAGGAAGACAGUCAGGAAUGAGAAUCGAGAAAAGCACUGGAAUUCGCUCAUAAAGACACCUAAAGAGGUGCUCAUGACGGAGAACCACGAUUUCAAGGCGCCAAGGCCUAUGACCAACAAGAAGGGGCAAGACCCCAACCUGUACUGUGACUUCCAUAAUGAUACAGGCCAUCUAACAGAUGUCUGUAUCAGCUUGAGACAAGAAAUUGAGAAAGAUUUGAAAAGUGGGAAACUGGGUCAUCUAGUAAAGAACGUGCGCAAAGAGACACGUCAGAUUCAGCGCAACGAUGAUGGAAGAGACAAAAAAGUCAGACGCCUGCAAACACAUAUGGUCAAUGGACCAAGAUAUAGCGCGAGAGAUAAAGGCAAGCGACCUUUCGAACCAGCAUGGCAAGAGCAACAGGUUAUCUUCCCGGUAGUGCGCGGGGGUCCACGCGCAACGCGCCCCGUCAUCAUUACCGGCAUUAUCGGCCAUUACGAGACUGAAUACGUAUUCGUUGACCCAGGAAGUACAGCAGAUAUCAUCUAUGAGCAAUGCUUUAAUCAAUUCGACGAUGAAGAUAAAGCAAGACUUGAGCCAGUCGAUUACCCUUUGUCAGGAUUCUGCAAUGAGAUGGUCUUCCCACUAGGCCAAAUCAGCUUCCCCCUCACGCUUUCUGACGGGAAGCACUCAAGAACAACAAUGGUCAACUUCAUGGUAAUGCCUGUCAAAUCAAGGCAUGAUGUUUUGAUUGGAAGAGAAACCCAAGGAGAGCUUAACAUGGUUCAAAUGAAACUCGAAGAUGAAGACAAGACAGCUUUCAGAACCGAUCUCGGCAUCUUCUGUUAUACAAAAAUGUCGUUCGGUCUUAAGAAUGCCGGCGCGACAUACCAGCGCUUGAUGGAUAAAAUCUUCGCUGAUGAUAUUGGAAAACACAUCGAAGUCUACAUCGAUGAUCUGGUAAUCAAGAGUCCUGAAGAGGACCAAAUGCUAAAAGAUAUUGAGAAAACGUUCAACUCGUUGAGAGGGUGA